AAAAUGGAGAAAAACUUGACUAAAGACUAGACGAAAUUUCCACACCCACCGUGUAGGUAAUCAUAUAAAACCCUGAGCUUCUUUAUCAUCUACCUCACAAAGCCCAAUUCUCUUUUCACUCACAUGGCAGAAAAACUCAUUUCUUUCUGUGUUUUUGUUCUACUCCUAUGCUCAGUAAAGUCUGACCUAGGCGAUGGUGGACCCUUGUUGACCAAGCUCACCGAUGGGUUCGGUGCUGAAAGAAACAACAUGAGCGUAAACGGCGUUGCAGAGAUUCAGACAAAUGGCCUACUUAGGCUGACAAACGGCUCGCUCCAAGUAGUUGGCCACGGGUUUUAUUCACACCCAAUCCAAUUCAAGAACGCCAGCGGGGAAGUCAUGUCCUUCUCCACCUCGUUCGCUUUUGCUAUAAUCACCCAGCAUGGGCAACGAGGCGGCGAUGGCCUCGCUUUCACGAUCUCUCCUACAAAAGAGCUUCUUGGGGGUGCUCCAGGUCCUUAUCUUGGCCUAUUCAACGCCAGCAAUAAUGGGAACUUCUCGAACCACGUAUUUGCGGUCGAGAUGGACACUGUCAAGGACUCGGAGUUCGGUGACAUCGAUGACAACCAUGUUGGCAUCGACAUCAAUAGCGUUUCAUCGAACAAAUCUGUUCAUAUCAUUCGAUUUAAGGGCAGUCCUACGAACAAGGAAGAGCUUAACUUGAAGAGUGGUCAGGUAAUUCAGGCUUGGGUCAUAUAUAAUUCGCAAACAAGUGAACUAGUUGUAAAGGUUUCGCCGGAUUCUGCUCAACCUCGGUCUGUACUUUUGUCCGGUCAAGUGAACCUCUCAGAAGUUCUUCAAGAAUCCAUGUAUGUCGGUUUUUCUGCUUCAACUGGCUCAUCCGCGAGCUCGCAUUAUAUCCUGGGUUGGAGCUUCGAAAUGAAUGGAGAGUCUAAAAAUCUGUACCUUGAUAAACUCCCUAAUCUUCCCACGAUUCCUGGGACUAAAAAGAAUCGCACAGGCCUAAUUGUUGGCGUCUCAGUUUCAGGUGCUUUGACUGUGAUUUUGGGGACCGCUUUGGCUUUUUACAUUGUGAGGAGAAGCGGGAAGGCUGACGUAGUUGAAGCCUGGGAGCAUGAUAUUGGUCCGCAUAGAUUUUCUUACAAUGAGCUGAAGAAAGCAACGAGAGGUUUCAGCGAGCUGAUAGGAUCUGGCGGGUUCGGUCGAGUUUAUAAAGGAACUCUGACAAACACAGACACCCAAGUGGCUGUCAAACGUAUUUCGCAUGAUUCAUCACAGGGCUUGCGAGAAUUCGUGUCGGAGGUUGCUAGUAUUGGUCGUCUUCGUCAUAGAAACUUGGUUCAAUUAUUGGGUUGGUGUCGUCGGGAAGGCGAUCUGCUACUUGUUUAUGAUUUUAUGCCCAAUGGAAGCUUGGAUAAGCACCUCUUUGACGAGCCUAACACAGUAAUCCUGAGCUGGGAGCGAAGGUUCAAGAUCAUCAAAGGAGUGGCUUCAGGGCUUCUAUAUUUACAUGAGGAGUGGGAACAGGCCGUGGUUCACAGAGACAUCAAGGCAGGAAAUGUUCUAUUGGAUUCUGAUUUUAACGGAAGGCUGAGUGAUUUCGGGCUCGCUAAGUUAUACGAGCACGGCUCCAACCCAUGCACUACCAGGGUGGUGGGCACGCUGGGUUAUUUGGCACCUGAACUCGUGCGCACGGGCAAGCCGACAACCAGCUCAGAUCUGUUUGCCUUUGGUGCUUUGUUGCUAGAAAUGGCAUGUGGUAGAAGACCCAUAGAUUCCAAAACAUCCCCUGAUCAAGAGGCCAUAUUGCUGGUGGAUUGGGUGCGGCAGAAGUGGAAUGAAGGAGCAAUACUUGAUGUUGUAGAUCCAAGGUUGGAGGGGAAUUUUGAUAGGGUUGAGGCAGUUUUGGUGCUCAAGCUGGGGUUAAUAUGUUCCAAUGAUGCUCCCGAGGCACGCCCCACGACGCGGCAGUUGGUGAGGUACCUCGAGAGGGAGUCGGAGCUGCUGGAGGUGGAGAUAGUGGUGGUGCCAUAUGGCAAAAAGGGUGCUUAUACUGUUUGGGGUCGUGAUCAGUUUGAAAACUACGAGCAAUCUUUUCCCACUACGUCGUCGUAUUUUCAAAAGGCCAGCACGCAGACUUCGGUCGGUACUGAUGGGGAUGCUAAUGUUGACGCCGGUUUAACCAGGCAAUUUUCAGUUUUCGGUGGUGGUGAUGGUAGGUAGCCAUAAGAGAGAGUUGCGACCGCGAUCCUGUCUAGUUACCUUCCCCCGCCAACACUUAUCUUUUCUUUUAUAAUUUGGUUUUGGAUUUAGAAUUUUCAUCACAUGCAUGGUACUUAUGA